GAAGAAGAAGAGGACAAGGAAGAGGGAAGGCUCCGUACCUGCCUAAAGUCUGAAACACUUUCCCAGUCAGUGGUCUCAAAGGACAGCACCAUGGAGGCUCUUUUGCACAGUAUCGUAAAGAAGGAGCUGCUCUGUGCGCUGUGCGUCGCCGUGCUGCUCCUCACCGCUUUCACAUCUGCAGAGGAAGCGAAAAACUCUCAGUGUCACAACUACGCGGGAGGACACGUCUAUCCCGGAGAGGCUUUCCGUGUGCCCGUGUCAGACCAUUCCCUGCACCUCAGCAAAGCCAAGAUUUCAAAGCCUGCACCACACUGGGAGGGAACAGCUGUUAUUAAUGGAGAAUUCAAGGAGACGAAGCUGUCAGACUACAAAGGCAAAUACCUCGUCUUCUUCUUCUAUCCCCUGGACUUCACAUUUGUCUGCCCCACUGAGAUCAUUGCAUUCAGCGAUCGUGUGCAUGAGUUUCGUGCCAUCAAUACGGAGGUGGUCGCCUGCUCAGUGGACUCCCAGUUCACCCAUCUGGCCUGGAUCAAUACCCCAAGAAAGCAGGGUGGACUUGGACAAAUGAAAAUCCCUCUGCUGUCUGACCUCACUCACCAGAUUUCAAAGGACUAUGGAGUCUACCUUGAGGACCAGGGACACACACUGAGGGGUCUUUUCAUCAUCGAUGACAAAGGCAUCCUGAGGCAGAUCACCAUGAAUGACCUUCCAGUGGGCAGAUCUGUGGAUGAGACUCUGCGGCUGGUUCAGGCCUUCCAGUAUACAGACAAACACGGAGAAGUGUGUCCCGCAGGAUGGAAGCCAGGCAGUGACACAAUCAUUCCAGACCCUUCAGGCAAGCUGAAGUAUUUUGAUAAACUGAACUGAUCUGUGCUUCUGUUUUCCCAGUCUUAGUCCAGUGAAAGUUCAAAUAAAAUGUGUUUUCGUAA